GAGGUUUGGGAGGUUCGUGGUGCGUGCUCAGAGGAGGACGAUCAUCAUGUGAUUGCCUGGCUUUGCGUGCUUGAAACUAGCUCGGUAGUGUGGUGUAGUGGGUGUAGUCGGCUGCUGAUAGGUGUGUGCAGUUUACAUGCAGAGCCUUAAAAUAUCAGCUGCUCUUUUUGGAACCGUGGGGCUGCGUUUAUUCGUACAUCAGCAGUGUUUCCGUUGGCUGACCCAAGAGUUUCGGCUGUCGUCCCGGCGUGUUUCACAGCAUGAAGUUUCAGCCUUACGAAGCACGUUUAAUACCGUCGGACCUUCGUCACGAUGAGUGCAUUCUACAAGUGGCGGACAGUCUCGAUCACCUCAGCAGAGUCGCCAACACAAUUCUGGACGGUUUGCAGGAACGAUUGAAUGAAUACAAGGGCCGCCUCCAGAACAUUCAGAAUCGUGCAGACUUGGCAAGAGCCAAAAUUUCGGUCAUACGUGGCAGCAGCAAAGCCACAAAGGUUUUCUCCAGUUACAAGUAUCCUGCAAAUGAUCCAGAACCUGCCCAAGAGCUGCUAGCUUCUUUACCAGCUGUGCCACUCCAGCCAACUCACUUGCGAGUGCGAAGUCAACACUUGGCCCCCGAUGAGCGACUUCUCAAGGAGAAAUUGCAGUUCUUCAACGUCCGUCCACCUGCCAAGGCUAACUCGACUGCCACGAAGCCUGCCUGGCAGGAUGAGGAAGGCCUUGGCAGGUUGCCAGAAAGCACAGAGAGCAUUGGGAGCUUGCUUUUGUUCAACACUGGAGAAAACCCGUACACAAGGUAUGUACAGCAAGACCCCUUGGGUGGAGCUAAGCGAACAGCAGCUCGGACUGAAGAGGCACCCACAGGGCCAGGGCUCCUUGGGGCAGCUCCAGCUUCCAUGAGUGGCACAGGACAACGUGGGGCACCGCAGGAGGGCUUCCUGUACAGCCCAGGCAUGGGCCAGGUACCACAAAUGGAUGCACCAGCUGCCCUUCCUCAUUUGCCAGGCAUAGCUGAUGACCUGUCCUAUUCGGAAGACUUGGGGCCGUCUAUUGCACCAUCGUGGCUUCCAGAACUGCCUGAAGUGCCGGCUGAUAGCUUCGUGGAUGUUCCACCGCCCCUCCCUGAAGUGGAUGCCACUGGCCUACCUCCCCUGGGUACCACUUCUGAGCCAGUGGUGGAGUGUCCACCUCCCCUGGAGCCAGAUGAAGUGCCAGAGGUGCAAUCCGAGGAGGCUGUGCCCAGUCAAGAUACCGCGAGUGUGCUAGAAUCAAGUACCAGGUCAAGCAAUGCAGAACCACGUGCAGAGUUGUCGGUGCCCGUGACCGAAGAUGGCAGUGCCCGCGCCAGCCUGCUGGAGUCCAUUCGACAGGCCGGCGGCAAGGCAGGCCUCAAGAGUGUGCGUCGUCCACAGCAGCAGCGCAAGCAGGUGGCGCCACCUGGUGGGGAUCUCAUGUCAGACCUGAAGAGCAAGCUGCAGCUGCGGCGCAGAGGUAUCUCGGGUGAGACAGAUCAUACAAGCAGGCCCACAGCUGAAGUCACAUCACCUUUGGACAGAGUGCUUGAGAUGAUCCCACCUCCGAAGGUGGAGUCUGAAGAAGCCAGCACCACCGACACAGAGUGGAAUGACUCUGACUAAACAACACUCCUGCUUCCACCACACCUGCAUAUUUUGCAUUACUUGUCUGGAGGCAUUCCAAAGUAGCACACCAACCUUUUAUUUCUUUCCUCUCCUUUUUGUAUUGAGCUUAACAAAUGAAUUUGCAUUGAUUGGUACUGUUUUAUUCAAGUUAUUUACGGUAGUCUACAGUAAUCACCUGGAAGGAUCCGAAACUGCUGCUGCUAUUGAGAGCGGAUUUAAAUGGGUGCAGUUUUUACUCUGGCAAAGCUGCUGGAAGAUGUCAUCCCGUAGAAAGGCUACUAUACUGAAGGUUAAUGCAUAAAGCUUAGCCUUGUUGGUUGCUUUAGUUGUGCGGCCUAAUUAUAGUGCUAAAGAUCAAACAUAUCUAUUUCAUAUUGUAUUCCGUUUUUAGCACUAUAAGCAUGCCUUACAGCUAAGCUGGAGGAACUGCUUGCAUGUGUUUGGCUCGUGCAAUUAAUUAGCGAAAUUGCCGAUUCAGGAGCUCACAACUAGGAUUGUCUGCCAGAGUUUGCUAUAGCCACAUGGAACUUAUCAAAACUGAUUAUGCUGAUAAGUGUAAACUUGAGUUGCUGUUUGUGCUUUAUACAAGUAAGCUGCUGGCUUAUACUCGGCUAUAGAAGCCAGUUCUCUCGCUGCUGUUACAGCACUGAAAAAUGUUAGGUUCAGUUAGAGUACAGAGAACCACCUGGUGCAAUUCUUUUCUUCUAGAGACAUGACUUUCACUACAGUAAUUCUUUGUAGUUUGAAUUGGCUUGACCCUAUUUUGCUGCCAUAAUAAACUAAACAUCGAGUGCGUGAGGAAAAAGCAAGCAAGGCUCAUAUACUUUUCUAUAAUUUCUGAUGGAAAUUAGAAGUGCCUAGUGCAUCAAAACCAAAGCUGCCUUUCGCAUACAGCCUGGUUUGGUCACUUUUCCUGUCGGAAUUUUGUUAUGUCUGCUGUUUCACGUGCAUUUCAUACUGUCAUUUGACUGAAUUAAACUGCAGUCCUUACA